UGAUGCUGGCAACCUGAGCGGGGGCUCUCAUCCUCACUUCAUGGUAUAGGAAUGGGAUGGCAUGGGCUCGGAAUCCAAGGAGCUUUUCAAAGAUAAUGCCCCGAUGAGCAAGGGCGUGGGGAAUGAUGACACUUUGGAGAAGACGUCUGACCUGGCUGCCCAUGCUACCCCCAUGGCCGGCACACCUGUCUCUAGGGUCUGUUCCAACCUGCGGGUCCGUCCGGGCUCGCCGUCCCUGUCUGGUAUUGAAGACCUUCCUGCCUCCCCUCUGCGUGCGCUGGCUGGCUCCCUCCCCAAGCGCAAAUCUUCUGUCCAGAAGUUCUUGGCCCGCAGCCGUGCCUCCUCGGGCACCAAGCUUUCCACGGCGGGGCUUUGUCGCCACCUGGAUGCUAACAUGGGCGACGCAGCGGGCCAGGCUUCUCCGGUGGCGCCGCGGUCUACUCCGAUUCGCUCCCCGUCCUCUACGGCUCGCAAGAGUGGUCGGAUUCAUGACAGCGGGGUGCGGGUGGCGGAUAAGGCUGCUCGUCGUGCGGCGGCCCAUGACCUCCCAGCUUCAGCAGUAGAGAUUAUUGACUAAGGAGGAGGACCGUGAUGCAUUCGAUGUGAUGAUAUCCAAGAUUCGGGCCUCUGCCAAUUCCCUCUCUUCAGUUCAAGCCGGCAGUUAGGUGUUGUGGGCCCUGAUUUUGCUGUCUUUCGUUUCGCCGGCCUGCGCACCGUGUACUGGCCUGGGAGCCAUGUACGUUAUACUUUAGCCAUCUGGUUUUGGUUGAUACUCUACUCUUGCUGUGCGGUUGUUCCUUGUGGUUGGUUGUGACUCUGCCUGGUGGCUUUAUUGAUAAAGUUGGGCUUUGGCCUUUUCUCUAAAAAAACAUAUGUGUGUUGCUUUGAUUUCACAUAUGGGCUAUCAUGAUCGACAGGAUCAGCUAACUCUCCCACUGUCCCCAACCUUUUGAGGUAAGAACAGAUGCUUACAGAGAUGCCCUUUUGGACAAUCCUAGCCUAAUGAAUGGAGCAACUGUACUGGAUGUUGGUUGUGGUACAGGAAUUCUAAGUCUUUUUGCAGCGAAGGCUGGUGCAUCUAGAGUUGUUGCGGUUGAUGGGAGUGCAAAGAUGUCUUCUGUGGCUACACAAGUGGCAAAAAAAAUGGUUUAUUAUAUGAUGAGAAUGGGAAAACGGAACAAAAAGGUAGCCCUCAAGUGAUAAGUGUUGUGCAUACCAAGGCUGAAGAGCUAAACCAUAAAGUUGUAGCUCCGCCGAAUGGCUUUGACGUGUUAGUGAGUGAGUGGAUGGGAUAUUGCCUAUUGUAUGAAUCCAUGCUCAGUUCAGUUAUAUAUGCACGUGCCCAUUUCCUAAAACCUGGUGGUGCUAUUCUACCGGAUACUGCAACAAUUCUUGGUGCUGGUUUUGGGAGGGGUGGAACUAGCUUGCCAUUUUGGGGAAAUGUGUAUGGCUUUGAUAUGUCAUGUAUUGGCAAAGAAGUAACAGGGAGUUCGGCUCGAUUUCCUGUAAUUGAUGUACUUGAUUCUAAGGAUAUUGUGACAGAUACUGCUGUACUCCAUUAUUUUGAUCUGGCAACUAUGAAGGAAAGUGAAAUGGAUUUCACCGCGAGCUUGGAGCUAAGGCUUCCUGAAAGUGGUGCAGCUGCUAUACCAGGAGUAACCUGGUGCCAUGGCAUUGUCUUGUGGUUUGACACUGGCUUCACCGACAGAUUCUGCAAGGACAAGCCUGUGGACCUGUCCACCUCUCCUUUCUCCACACCAACUCACUGGUCGCAAACAAUCUUCACCUUUGAAGAGCCCAUAGCGAUUACAAAUGGGAAAUCAGUCGUUGGCUCAUCUGCAUCAGUUGGCUCAGCGGAGUGCCCAGCUGCCUCGAUCAGAUCGCGCAUCAGCACCGUGAGGGCCUCUGAGCACCGCAGCAUAGACAUAUGUCAAUCGUAACCACGGGAAUCAGCUCCGAUGGCCGGAAGCGCAGCUGGCCAGCUCAGAUCUUCAACCUUUGAGCCAAGUGCUGCCCUUGUGAUGAAAUUUUUCCCUUGCCCUUUUCCACUGUUGGAGCUGUUCGGUCACCCACAACGAUUCUUCGUAUCUUUAGGUUGAGUUGAAAACUUCUGUAUGAUGAAAGGGAGCACUUGGUCCAACUGAAGUUCAGGUGAAGAUGAAAGCGGGCUGAAGGUAGACUUUUUAGUGGCCAGUGUGAGUUUGUGUCCUGUGAGAUGUGUGUACCUGUGAAAUGAACCCGAGCAAAUUUGAAUAAUGAUCCACCAAUGUAAGAUGUUCACAUGAUACAAGUGGAAAUGUUCCACUUUCGUAGUGGGAGUACAUCACCAUUGCU